GUCAGAAUUUAAUAUAGGCGCGAUAUUGAUCAGUGCGGGACUUUCAAGCCGAGACAAUUCACCUUUCCCUUCGAGGCUCCUAAGAAAAAGUCGUCACUGUACUUUAGUACUCAGGGUCCUAAUAGUGCAUCGAGUUUGAAAUCAUGAAGCUUCGGGGCUCCUUGGCCGCGGUGGCGGCAGCGGUGGCCACGUUCUUCGACGUUGCACAGGCCCAUUGCUAUAUCUACUCCGUCUACGUUAAUGGUGUCGAUAGCGGUACCUUCUCGGGGAUCCGUACACCGGCAUACAAUGGACCACCACCAUACGGCUUCGCCAAUGGCCCUGUCAAAGACCUCGACAGCAUCGACUUGCGAUGCAAUGUGCUGGGUGAUCACCAGGUACCGCAUACUAUCCAAGUGACACCCGGGGACAACCUCACGAUGGAAUGGCACCAUGACGCCCGCACGGCUACAGACGACAUCAUCGCAUCUUCACAUCACGGCCCUGCGAUGGUAUAUCUCAGCCCGGACCCACCUAGCGAGAACUCCUUCGUCAAGAUCUGGGAGGAGGGCAAAUUCGCCGAGGGAGAGGGUCCUAGGGCACCGGGGAAGUGGGCCACCACGGCUGAUAUAGCCGGAAACGGAGGCAAGAUGAACGUGCGAGUCCCUAAGGGGCUCAAAGCUGGCUUUUACCUCAUCAGGGCCGAGAUGAUUGGUCUCCAUGAGGCUGAGGUCAGCUACCAGAAGAACCCUAUCCGCGGGGCGCAGUUCUAUCCAAACUGCAUUCAGAUAGAGGUUUUGGGCGACGGUGAUGUCAGCCUACCCGAAGGUGUCAGCUUUCCGGGAGCUUACAAAUGGGAUGAUCCCGGCAUUAUCUACGAUGUUUACUGCUCGACGAAGACCACGACCACUGCCCCCUGUACCACGACUUAUCAGAUUCCAGGCCCGACUGUAUGGUCUGGUGCAUGGCCCGAUACGCCAUCGGUUGAGCUCGGUGCUAUGACGGGAGUUACGAAAGUAACGAGCUGGAACACGUGGAUCGUGAAAUCAGUCGUCACGUCGGCAUCGGCCGGACAGGUCUUGAGCACGUCUACUUACCAGGCCCAGUGGUCGUCUACCUACCAUGCGCCUACGCCAACCGCAUAGGUUAGAUAGAGAAGUAAACAGGAAAAUCAUGCUCAACUUAAGGGAUUGUGUGUAUGUUCACUAGCGAUCGUGGAAAUGGCUUGAGGUCUUGGAAUUGGAUGAACUUGGGCGGUAUUUAAGGGGUAUUUUCAUGGUUAAUAUGAUGCUACUGAGUACUACUUAUUACAAUAGCA